CCUAGCAGAGCAGAAGCCGUCAAUUUCUCAUCCAGGAAACGCGUUUUGGCAGUCGAUUUGGUCGUCUCGUAGAGGAAAAGAGUUGCGGUGUUGAUCUCCGCCACUCCAUUGCCGAUCGGAAAGUCGAAGGAGAGAAGCUUGCUGGCGGACGUCCCUUGAUCCGAAGAAGGUCUUGCAGCUACGGCGAACCAUUGAUUCAAUCUAUGCUCAGGAGAAGCCUCUGCUAGCCAAGCCAUUUCCCUCCCUGUCCCGGUUCCUGACUCCUUUUUCUACAGAGAGGACCUCCAAUCGAUCCCUCUCCAAGUCGACAGCUUCAUCCUCAGCUUUAUCCUAGAAAAUGGAAGGUAGUUCUGCUUCUGUUACUUCCCAGGUGAGCAAGAGUGGCAAAAGGAAAUGGACAUUAGCUAAGGAUGCAGUCCUCGUCUCUUGCAUGAUUAACCUACGAAAUAUGGGCACCCACAAUGCUGACACAGGGUUUAAGUCUGGCUACUUGCCAGAACUUGAGAAAAUGCUAUUGGAAAAGCUCCCGAAUUGUGGUAUCAAGGCGAGACCUCACAUUGAAUCUCGAUUGAAGACACUGAAGAGGGAAUGGGCUAUCGUGCAUGAUAUUAUGCUUAAUACAAGUGGCUUUGGAUGGGACUCAACACGGAAGAUGGUCACGGCGGAAGACGAUGUCUGGGAGACUUAUGUAGCGACUCACAAAGAAGCUGCUCCAUUUAGAAUGAGAAGUUUUCCCCAUUUCGAAGAAUUAUCUAUGAUAUAUGUGAAGGAUCGAGCUAUUGGAAAAGAUGCUCAAGCUGUUGAAGAUAUUCUACAAGAGCUCGAGAUUGAAGAUUUAACUGGAGUAACCGAAGAAGCGGAUGUGAAUCAUUCAAACCCAAAUGAAUCUGCCAAUGGCAAUGCCAAUACCCCUACAUCGGGAGAUGUUUCGCGUGCUCAUCAACCACCUACAGAUGCAAUGGCAAGUGCUUCUUCGGGAAAGAAAAGGAAAAAGGGUGAAUCUGACUUCUUCACAAUUUCUCAGAGCUUGAAUACAAUGGCAACCGAAAUGAAAGAAGCUUGCAUGAUGAUCUCAAAGAGUGUUCACUCGGACAUUUAUCAAGAGAAGUUCCUUGAACUUUCGAGAGCUCUUCGUAAUGUUGAUGGUCUGACUUCAGCACAAGUUCGCAUGGCUAUUUAAAAGUUCGGUAACCAUCCGAAUUAUAUUCUACUUUUCUUUGGUACCGAGCCAGAAUAUCGCUUGGAAAUGUUGCAGGAUUUCCUUGCGAAUCGAGCACCGCCUUCUACGUCUAUGUAGACGACGGGCUCGUCGAGAGUGGCGAGUAUCACCCAAGAAGGAGAUUGCGAUCAACAGGGCCGCUAAGAACGCCUUGGAAAAAUUGGAGAUCCUCGGUGAUCAGUUGAAGACCAGUUCUGUCGUGGAUGGGUUAUGAUCAUCAUCAACGAUUAUCAACUAAUUCUGCUUAGAUUGGAUUAAGGUCCCUUUUUUUUAUUUGUUUAAAUUAUGUUUAAUUAUUUUGUGGCUUAUGGUUGGUCCACUUGUGAUUUAUUAGUCUGCUAAGGUGUCUUUGUAAUCGUCAGCUGAUCAUCAUUAUGGAGCUU